GCGGGGUCUGGCCGGCUGUGGGGCUGGCUGCCAGGGGAUCGGCUGAGGCGGCCCGGGCUGGCCGAGGUCGCCUGCGGUGCGGUUGCGGCUGCGGCCUGCUGGACCAUGCUGAGCGGAGCGUGCGGCUGGCUGGCCUCAGCGCUGCGGGGUCCACGCGUGCCGCCGUUCGCGGUCGCCCGUAGGUGCCUUCACGCGUCGGGGUCACAGCGGUCCGCGGACAAGAGCCAGAGGCCCAGGGACCCGCCCCGCGCCUUCGACCCGGCGCUGCUCGAGUUCCUGGUGUGCCCGCUCUCCAAGAAGCCGCUCAGAUAUGAAGCAUCGACAAAUGAACUGAUUAAUGAAGAGUUGGGAAUAGCCUAUCCAAUUAUUGAUGGGAUCCCUAAUAUGAUACCGCAGGCAGCUAGGAUGACACAUCAAAAUAAGAAGCAAGAAGAAAUAGAGCGGCACUAG